UUCCUGGCUAGUGAUGCGUUAGAAUAAAAGACAGUUUUCAUAAUCAUCUCUUCACAAACCCCUAGUUGUCAGUUCAAUGAGUGCUUUCUUUUUAACAUGGUAUGCAAAUACGAUUUGUAAGAGGGGGGGAUGUGUUUGUUAGUGCAUAGAGAGAGGGGAUCUUGCUUUUCAACCACAUCAUUAGGGAAUUCUUUUGAGGAUUUUGAUGUUUUAAAUACAACAGAAACAAGGAGAUUUUACAUAACUGAUUGCAUGGCAUUACAUGUGAAACUGACCCUUUAAAAGGAGGAUUUUAUACAAGAGUGUGAGAAGGCACAGACAAGGAACAACCUCAUAGUGUAUUCAUAACAGAUAGGAAAUAUGGUUAGUUCAUACCCUGUACCCGAAGGAUUCACUGAGAUUGAAGUAUUUGGAAUUGGCACUGCUCUCCUUAUUGAAGCUCUGCUUGGGUUUCUGUUGAAUGGUCUGACAAUCCUUUCUUUCUACAAAAUCAGAGAGCUCAGGACUCCUAGCAACCUUCUGAUUAUUAGCCUGGCAGUCGCGGACACCGGACUGUGCCUUAAUGCCUUUGUAGCAGCCUUUUCCAGCUUCUUGAGAUACUGGCCCUAUGGCUCCGAUGGUUGUCAGUUACAUGGGUUCCAAGGCUUUGUGGCAGCUUUGUCUAGUAUCAGCUCCUGCGCAGCCAUCGCGUGGGACCGCUAUCAUCAGUACUGUACUCGUAGCAAGUUGCACUGGAGUACAGCUAUAACUGUGGUUUUGUUUGUCUGGGGAUUUUCGGCAUUUUGGUCUGUCAUGCCCCUCUUUGGUUGGGGUGAAUAUGACUACGAACCUUUGAGGACCUGCUGCACUCUGGAUUACACUAAAGGGGAUAGCAGAAAUUUUAUCUCGUUCCUCUUGCCGCUGGCUUUCUUUGAGUUUCUGAUCCCCCUCUUUAUAAUGCUGACAGCUUAUCAGUCAAUAAAGCAGAAAAUGAAGAAGAGUGGCCAGUUCAAGUUUAACCCAGGUUUACCAACAAAGACACUGGCCAUCUGCUGGGGACCAUAUUCUCUUCUAUGCUUUUAUGCCCUCAUUCAGGAUGCCACCAUUUUAUCUCCAAAACUGCGCAUGAUGCCAGCACUCUUGGCCAAGAUUUCCCCUGCAAUAAAUGCUUAUGUUUAUGGUCUCGGGAAUGAGACUUACAGAGGAGGUAUAUGGCAGUUACUAACUGGUCAGAAGAUCGAAAAAACAGAGACUGAUAACAAAACUAAAUGAUCUUCUCCAUGGGCUACAACUAUCAAUACCAUCCAUGCUUAGCGCCAUGUAACAGGAAGAUUAAAUUUGGUAUUGUUGUUGGAAGUAAUUGCACAUUACAGAUGUCAAUGCACUGCUGUAAGAUUUACAGGGUAUACGGAUAACACAUGACAUAAUCAGAUGACAUAAAACCAAGUUUAAAUAAAGACUAAUUUAUCUUAUAUUUAAGUUAACAUCAUGAGACUGAAGCUAGUAUGAGCAAUACCAUCUAUACUCUAAAUAUAUAAAGGCAGAUUACAAGUGAAGCACAAAAAUGCCGGAGAUAUGGAACGUUAACAUCCCUGGAAUACAAUCCAUACCACUUCCAUUUUUGCGCUGGUAUUACAAGCCCAAUGUUAAUAUAUAUUGUGUGUGCGGUAGUAUAAUAAUAAUAAUACGCACUACGACAUCCAUUAAAGAUAGCGCAGGUGCAUGGUAUGAGCACAAGACUUAACAGACAACUUGUAAUAUGAGUGCAUUGAUCGAGCUACAACUGCUUCCCAUUAAAAGUAUAUGGUGUGCUAUGUAUAAAUUAAGUGCAUUAAAAAUGCUUUGGUUAGACAUUUCUUUUUGUUUAAAAUGUAAUGACUUUUAAUACCCUAUUGUGCAUUAUUGUUUGUGCAAGGCCAAGCAUAAAAAAAAUGUGCUGAACGUUACCAACUGAGCGUGAGUUGUAAUCUAAUGUUUGCAUGCCCAAAUGCAGAGCUAUACUUUACACUUAAUGACCAGAGCAAACAUCUGUGAACCAUGUCCGUGAAGCCACCAAUCCUUUGCCACAAAGUGCUUCUAAGUUCUUCCAACCAAGGAAGUUGCAGUGUUCUCACAAGAAAGCACAGACAUCCCCAUCACAAAGUUGAUUAUGUUGUAUUGAUGAAGUAAAAGUCACCAUAUGUUUGUUGCUAGUUCUUUAACUGAGCGUGGUUUUAACACUUUUUCUGACAGGAUUCUUUCAUUGCAUAUGCUUUCAUUUAAUAUUAUCAAUCGUUUUUAUCAGGUUCCAUAUUUUCUAUUUUGAUAGAAUAUUUUCAAUGUAAAUUUUGCGCUUCAAAGUGUCAGUUAUUUUUCUUGCAAGGAGAACAACAACGAUAAUAUUUCCCUUGGUAGAAAAUAUGGGAAACAAAAUUUGUAACAUGAAAAUAAAUCAGGAAGGAGACAUCUGGUUUGCUGACAAUCAUAUUUAAUGUGAGUUUAAAUAAAAAAUAUAUAUAAGAAAAUAAUGUGCAGAAAAAAUAAAAAUAAAUACUAAAUUGUU